GUGGUUCAAAAAGCAAAUUCCACGGAAGCGCUACGUACGAGCCGUUCCAAACUUUAACGACGCCGAGUGGAGCAAACAGUCCUACUUACAUAGUGGGCAGAUAAACAUGAACGUCCUACCGGCGUGGCAACAGUCGUACCACGGGGAGGGGAUUCUGGUCGGGGUUGUUGACGAUGGAGUGUUUAAGAAUCACCCUGACCUGGCGACACGUGUGAAUCAUGGUUCAUCCCACAACUUCGUCAGCGUGCAGGGUUCGGCGUGGCCCUGGUCCCCCUGGUCAGAUCCAAACGACCCAACACCAUCCUCAGAAUCAGAAAGCCAUGGAACUCGCUGUGCCGGGAUCAUCGCUGCACAGGAAAACAACAACAUCUGUGGCGUAGGUGUAGCCUACGGUGCAGAGAUAGCAGGUCAGUGA